AUGGCAGUCGGCAACCGCAAAGAGCGGCGCGCCCAAGCCUCCAAACCCGCCAUCCAACCCACCACCGAGCUCUCCGAAGAAUCCGUAAACAUCCUUCUCCAGCACCCCGACCGCUCAGGCCCCAAAGGCAAAACGCUCUUCGAGCUCGCCGAAGAACGCCAGCGCGAACUCGACGCGCAGAACGGACGAGUCCGUCCCCCCACCGUCAGCGACACGGCUACAACAACAGCCACCGACGCGGCAGACGUCGUAUCCAUAGGCCCGCUCGGCGACGCAAUACUGUACUCUAUAUCCAUGGCUGCGCUGCACUUCACCCUCGAUGUCAUCGUGUACAACCAGUACCGCGAGGCGCUGGUGUGGAAUGAGAUCGUGUCCCGUGCGGGCACGGCUUGGCCCAUAUUCGGCUUGUUGGUGUAUCUGAUGCAUGUGGAUUUGUCGUAUAAGUUUCCUGUGUUGAGGAACGUGGGGUUUUUGGCGGGGAGUGUGGUGGCGGGGUGUUAUUUGGUGUUUUCGGGGAACCAGAAUGGGUAUUUUUAUGUUAUGAAGGCUGCGCCGCCGCUGGGCGUGCUGUGGAUUUGGAGUGUGGUGGAGAUGGAAUUGCCGUAUGCGGUUGCUAGUAUGGCGGUUGUGUGCGGGUAUGUGUGGUGGAAUGGGUUUCAGGUGUUUUAG